AUGAGGCAGGGCGCGUCGCUCGACGCUAUCGCCGCCGACGGUCGGGAUGUGGUGCCGACACUCGAAAAUGGUGAAAACAACGAGAUGGAAACGACUCGACAGCUCCAUGAGGACUCUCGCACAACUUCAUCAACGAGCUCGCCCGCGCCCCCCGAUAACGAAUCCGACUUUUUUCUGGGCGCCAACGACUCCCAGUCUUCCCUCGGUGUGCCGAACAUCCAGGAUAUGCAAGUCACAGACGACGAAUGCCUCCCGGCCGUCCAGCGCCUCCCGAACGAGAUCCUAAUCGCCGUUUUCGGCCGGUUGGGCAACGCCUCAGACCUUCUUCAUGUUAUGUUGACAUGCAAGCGGUGGUCUCGGAAUGCGGUCGACUUCUUAUGGCACCGGCCCUCGUGCUCAUCUUGGGAAAAGUACGAAUCCGUUUGCCGGACGCUGAACCUUGAGAAUCCAUAUUUUUGCUACCGCGACUUCGUGAGGCGUCUGAACCUGGCCUCUCUCUCGGGCGAGAUCAACGAUGGCAGUGUUGUACCCUUGGCCGGGUGCACUCGGGUCGAGCGGUUGACUUUGACGGGCUGCAACAAUCUUACAGAUUCCGGGCUCAUUGCCCUGGUUUCUAACAAUAGCCACUUAUAUUCCCUCGACGUCUCUCUUCCUCCGCCGGUUGCGGGGCGUGUUCUCCACGACCACAUCACCGAGGCCUCGAUAGAUGCGAUCUCCGAAAACUGCCCACGGUUACAAGGGUUGAACAUAUCUGGCUGCCAAAAGAUUUCCAACGAAAGCCUUGUUCGCCUUGCUCAUCGCUGUCGUCAUCUCAAACGACUGAAACUCAACGACUGCAUACAACUUCAAGACAGCGCCGUGCUUGCCUUUGCCGAAAACUGCCCGAACAUUCUCGAAAUAGAUCUUCAACAAUGUCGGGAAAUUGGCAAUGAGCCCGUCACGGCACUAUUUACCAAGGGAAACGCCCUCCGGGAGCUUCGGCUAUCCAACUGCGAGUUAAUAGACGAUUCGGCUUUCCUCUCGCUGCCUUCCAACAGGCAAUACGAGCACCUUCGAAUCCUAGAUCUUACGUUUUCCGCCGGCAUCACCGAUCAUGGCCUCGAAAGAAUCAUCGACGUAGCACCCAGGCUCAGGAACCUCGUGUUGCAGAAAUGUCGUAACCUCACAGAUGCGGCGGCGUACGCCAUCUCGAAACUUGGCAAAAACCUUCACUUUCUCCAUUUGGGCCACUGCCAAAAUAUCACAGACGAUGGGGUGAAGCGGCUCGUAUCUAUGUGCAACAGGAUACGCUACAUUGACCUGGGUUGUUGCUCUCAGUUGACCGACGAUUCUGUGACACGGCUAGCCACUCUUCCCAAGCUUAAGAGGAUCGGUCUCGUCAAAUGCGCCAACAUCACUGAUGCCAGUGUUAUUGCCCUAGCCAACGCAAACCGCCGGCCUAGGUUGCGACGGGAUGCGCAUGGCAAUUUCAUACCGGGCGAUUACAGUAGCAGCCAGAGCUGUCUGGAGCGGGUCCACUUGAGCUACUGUAUCAACCUCACGCAAGCGAGCAUCAUCAGGCUUCUCAACUCCUGUCCGCGCCUGACCCAUCUCAGUUUGACUGGCGUGCAGGCAUUCUUAAGGGAAGAUUUGGAGCAUUAUUCUCGACCUGCUCCCUCAGGUAAGGGCUUUGCAUAUCGCCCCUGCGUAUGGCUUUCUAGCUCACACGAUCCCAUAGAAUUCACUGAGCACCAACGGUCUGUGUUCUGCGUAUUCUCCGGCCAAGGUGUUGUCGGCCUGCGCAAACACUUUAACCGAGUGCUUGCCGCAGAGGAGUCUCGACGCUCGAUGCGAGCCACCAUUCCUGUAGAUCCUCCGAUUUUCCCCCCGCCCGGCCAAACCUUCCCUCAGCUCGUUGACGCGUCCGGCGAAGACGCCGAUCCCGAUGCGAUAGAUGAAGACGAUGUCCCAGAGGAUGGGUCUGAGAUGGUUAUCGACACCUUCGGCCUUGGUCUGCACCAUGCCGCGGCAGGCACUAUCCCCCAUGAUCCACAGAACCAUGCCUUUGCUACUAGCGCCACUCCCCAUCAUUCCUUCCCCGAGGAUAUUCCAGAAGAAGCUGCCCAGCCGGGAGUGAGCGUGAAUACGCAGGAACCUGCCGCUGCUACAACUCCGCCAACCGAGGUUCCCCCCAUACAGGCAUUCAUGGAUAUGUCAAGCGAGGUUGGCGGGGACGUUGAUCCGACUCCCCCCAACACAACCAAUCAACCUUAG